UGUGGAGCCGGCGAUCGAGGUAGUCUGCCUGGUACCGGGCUUGAGCGGAGCCUCGUCGUCUCCGGAGUCGCGGUACCCACCAAGGCGGCUUGACGGAGCUACUCACACCUGCUGGUGCGCAUCGCCAGGCACGGCUGCGACGUCACGACACUCUGACGACGGCCGUCGCGACGACGAGGGGCUGCCCUCGCAGCAUGACCCCUCUGCAUCGACCUCAACCUCGACGUUGCAUCGACAGCCUCGUCAGCAGCAGCAGCAGCAGCAGCAGCAGCAGCAGCAGCAGCAGCAGCAGCACCAGCACCAGCACCAGCACCAUCAUCAUCAUCAUCAUCAUCAUCGUCACCAUCAUCGACCUAGCCGCGACGACGGAGAGCCGAGCGGACGAUGCCCGUCUUGCGGGGAAAAGCGACGGGAAGAGAUCUUCUUGACGAUCAAAGAUUUGGACGCGAUCGAGCCAGCUCCUCUCGAGGCGCAAAGAACGCCCACCUCUCAGAAAACGUGCAGGUGCGAGACGAUCGACGCUACCGUUGUCGACCGAGACAGAGAGAGGGAGAGAGAACGAGGGGAUCUCCGAAAGUACCGAAGCACCGAGACCAGAUGGUCCGACGGGAACUUUCUGUCUCCGGACGACGCGAUCUGGGAUCUAAAGAGACGCACCAGCGAGGGAACCGAGUUUCGCUGGGCUCUGCACACGUCCCACACCGACCUAGACCUGGCGAAAAGGACGAAAUGCAGCUGUCACAGUUUGACGCCCGAGGAGAAGAAAUCCCACGACGUACAGCGUGGCGAUCUGAGGAAGCACCACAGCGCGGAGACGGACAAGUGGUCGGUGAAGCCGGAUUACCUGCAGACGCCGAUGCACGAUCUGAGAAAGCACAGCAGCGACGACACGAGGAUGGCCAGAGAGGCCAGAUGGCUUCAGGUGCCGGAAUUGUUGCCCAACCCAAAGCCACGAUGCACUUGUCCGAAAUCGAAGAUCCUGUCACCCUCGCCACCGGCGUCGCCGCCGGUACCGUCGCCGGAAAUCAAAGUGCAAACGGAACCGGAGAAACCAAAGAUCCAAGAACCGGAGAGGAAGCUGUACUAUUCCACGUCGUUGAACGUGGAACAACGUACCGAAGAGGCAGUCGCGCCUGCCACGGAGAAGCCGGAACUGAAGAAGCACGCCAGCGAGGACAGCAGACCGGUCAAGACCGAGAGACUCAGGGACCGACCUAAACUGGAACGAUCUCACGCGAGAGUCGACAGUCAAACGUCGAAGAAAUGGGGCGGCAAGGAAAAGGUGAUCAGUCCGGACGAAGGGAAAAGGGCUCGGUCCAAGUGGGCGAUGAAACCGCACUUCUCUCUGCCCGUGGAGGACAAAAAGUCGAGAUGGAGAAGCCAGGACUCUACGGAGGGGUUCAAGAGCAAAAGCUUGAAAGAACGACCCAAGUACAGCAUCCGAAGGAGCAUGUCGCCGGAACCGGAUCCCCGUCAGAUAACCAAACUGGAAAACAGAAUCGUCCGUCGACUGAUAUCCCCCGAGAUCACCAUUACGGACGCGAAAUGGGCCCCGUACGAGGACGCUUCCCCAUUGCCAACGAUGGGGGUGAAGAAACGCGAACCGAAGCACAUCAGCGAGAUCAAAUGGAGCCCGUACGACGGUUCGCCGACGGCCGGUGGUGGCGGAGGUGGCGAAGGUGGCGGCGGUGGUAGUUUCGCGGUUCAAGAACCCGAGGAAUCCAAGUCUUGGUCGCCUUUCCACAACGUGACGCCCACCCACCAUCCACCACCGGAAGCGACACCCUGCAGAAGCGACGACGAAGACUUUCGCUGGAGAAUUCUGAACCAGGUUUCCGCGUUCCCGAUUUACCAGGGCGGUUGGAAGGACGAGUCGCCGGAGCGAACGCCGCCCAGGGUCCAGUCUCCGGCGGACCUGUCCCCGCCCAUUUGGUCGCCUCUCGUUCCAGCUUCUCCCGUCAAGAGGCAAAGGUCCCAACAGCACCAGCAGCAGUACUCGCCGCAGCCUGCCGCGCCGCAGCCGGUUCAUAGAAAGAGCAUCGCGAAAGUUCGCGGUUUGUCGAAGAAGAAGGUCUUCAGGGCUAGAUCGGAGAGCGGGCAUCAGAACGACGACAGACUCGCGCCGCCUACGGUGAUCGUUCGAGCCGCGAGCGAGGAGCCCAAGACUCGCCAGAGGCCGCAGUUGAUCAGAUCGAAGGCUCUGUUGGAGGUCCCCGUCACGAUGGGGAUCACCAAGAGAUCGUUGAGCGAAGAGGUGCCGCGUAUGCGUACUCGUGAACGGCCGCGCGCGCCGAACAGAGCCCGCAGCGAGGAGGCGCCGAAAUACGAAGACCCUUGGUUCGCUAACGAUAGCUUGUCGUCCGAGGCAACCGAGUUAAGGGAGUACGUCACCACGGUUUAGCGGGGGCUGAAUUAUUGACGGUACUCAAAAUCGAGCGAAGGUAUUUUAUAAUUAGUUUAUUCCCUUCGUCGCGAAGGGGUGAUCAUAGUUAGCUCGCUUAGAUAUUUUGUACCGGCGUAGAACGGGGAGAAUUAUUUUCGUCUCUGAGCCAAUUCGCAAUUUCUACGUAUAUCGUGUACGCGCUGAAGACAGAGACGCUACGAAUCGCAGAGAGACCGUGAUUCAUAAGAGCGAACCAAGGUGAUGGAUAAUCGACGGUGCGAGUUUCCGUCGCGAUCUCGAGUAUCGUGACUGACUCGGUCUGAUCUACGAAACACGAUGAACGAAACGAAGAAACAUGAACGCGCUUCGUUUCCCCUAAAAAAUUGAAAUUAAAAAACACACGGGAAGAGCAGACGUUAGGUUUUCAAGAGUCAACGAUUCGUUUCGAAAAGAGAGGAAGAUGUCGAGGGGACGCGCGAUAGUCGAAACGCGGGUAUUGCACCGAGUCGAUGAUAAAAAUGUGCGCGUUGCUCGCUCUGCAGAAAGAACAGUUAGUCGGCUCAAAACUCAACUUUUUCGGCAACACCGAGAGUAUCGAAGAGAGUACAGCUCAACAUAGCGUCGUCCAGCCUCGCAACGACGACGUGGCACAGUUCGCGUAGCGUGUUUAUAUUAAAGAUAGCCGAUAACGUUCAGAAAAUGUAAUAUUCGACUUAAAGAUACAUCAACUUAAUGAUAAUAAUACGAGCUUAGUUCUUAAGCGUAGCUGAUAUUAACAAAAAAAGAAAAAAAAACAUAAGAAAAAUACCGAGGAAAAUAAGAGGAACUGUACAGUUUGCAUGUUGCUGAUUAGAGAACGAGUGAAUCGAACGAAAGAUAAACCGAAAUGGCUAGCGAGAGAGAACGAAUGAUACGAUUAAAGUACAUUGUGAAGAAAAUUCUAAAAGAAUAAGUUGGUCGUGUCCCGUUCCAUGGGCAAGAGGAACCAAAGUUCGUUCGAUGAAUCGUCGGGGCUCGGUAACCUUUGUUACGAUUCCUUUCCGUUUCAUCGGGACGAUUGUCGCGAAAGCGAUUCGCGUAAGGAAUAGAUUCCCUCGGGAUCGUUCGCGAGUCUCGUGCAUACGCAUAAAUUAAGUUGUUCCGUGAGUAAAAGGGCCGUUAUCUGGCGACUUAGGUAAAUGACCAUUUAGCAGCCCUCGUGUGCCGGUGCGUGCAAUAUUAAUUAAGAUUACGGUAUAGCUGAUCGAAUAGCCAAUUAAGGAUGGGGUACUAAGGUUAAGCGAAACAACGCGAGUUAUUUACGUUGAUCUACGGCUCCAUGUACGUACCGAUUAACAGUUUUAGUUAGCGAGUUUUCGGUUUACCGUGUCUGCCUGUGUCCGAUUUAUUUGCUAGCACGCGAUUCUUUGCCAAGUUUCCCAGCGGACGAUCAUUUUAAGGACUCGUCGGAUUUUCGAGUACUGUAUACAUAUGUACAUGCGUGUACACGCACGCUCUCUGUACACGUGUCCCUGUCGAUCUCUUGCCGGCUUUCAGUCGCGAUACUCGAUCGUUUUAGAUUUUUGAUAUUAUUGUCGGGGGAAUUCGGACGUUUCUUCGAGCGGAGAAAGCCACGAUUUAAAAGCCUCUUUUGUAUUUCGAUUAAUCGAACGCAUCCCGAUCAUGUUCGAUCCGUGCAAUACCAACUAAUUACUACUUGGAACCUAUCACGAUCUACAUAUGUACAUGUAUACACGUACAAGCUCACGUCACACAUACACCGUCAUCUUCCCGAAACGUGCACCGCGUACAUAUGUUACUUUUACGAAGAAGGAGAAAGUAUGUAAUACGUGCGAAACUGGAGAGAACAUAAACGACGAUAGUAUAGCAUCGUUGCUAACGCGAUAUAUGUAUGUAUGUACCUACUUCGAGCAUCGACGCUGCAGAAUUUUGUACAUAUUUUUCACAUUUAACGGUACGAUAGCUGUAAUUCCAAGUUACGAGGCGAGAACAUCUCGAGGCGCGAUCUCGUAAUCUCGAAUUUGCCAAAAAUUGUUAAAAACAACGAGGGAAGGACGUACGAUUUUCUCAAGGUGGUAUAAGAGACUCGAGACUUCCGCUCGUUUACUCUGGAUCCGGUUUUUAUUCUUCGUCGUUGUCUCGUGUCAAAAUACCCCUCGCAAAUUCCCACGUCACGAAAAGAAAAGCUACUCGAUGAACUCUCGAUCGAAUUCACCGUACGAAAGAAAAUACCGAAUACCGAUUUUCCGUUUCAUAUUCGCGCGGCUCGGCCGGUCUCUCGUUGACAGAGACGAAGAAAAAAAAAAUGAUAUAAAAACAUAAGAAAGUGAACAUUCACACAGAUAGAAAUUAUUUUCCAAAGAAAAACCGUAAAGUAAGGAACCGUGGGAGAGAAAGAAACCGAGUGAGCGAAAUAAUGAUAGAAUUGGAACGAAUAAUCGACAAAGGUGACAAUAUCAACGACGAGAGAAAAGAAAGCUUCCUUUUAUUUCCGGCGUGAUCUCGAACUCGCUAAUGUUUUCUACAAGGUGCGUGUGUUUUAAAGUGAAAACGAAGAAACCAUAGGGAAGGCGGAUAAAAAUAUCCAACGUAACGCGCGUCUGAUUUUAUCGUUGCAUAGCGUACAAAAGGCUCUCCCAUUAAUGGGGGUGGGAGUAGAAAGGGGCAGCUUGCAGAAUUGUUGCGCCAUUAAUUGCAUUCCAUCAAUUUCCAUCUAUUCAAAAUUAGUUGCUAAUUUAUCUCGAGACAAACAAUCUAUCUUUAUUUCGUCGCAGCUACGGAGGCUGCGUUUGAUCUCGAGAACGGAGCGAGGCGCACGAUCUUCUUCUUCGUUGGACUUUUAGGAUUAAUUCUAGCAUAAAUCGCUAUAACGAAUAAUAUAGCGCUUCGAAGGUACCCGAUUUACUUCCCCCGAAGGCUCCAAAACUUUCUACUUACUUUGCACACUCAUCAUAGAUACAUACAUACACAUACACAAACGCGCGCGCAGACACACGUGUUUAACGCAUGCAUCGAACUCGCUCCCCAAACACUUUGAACGGAGAUCAUUCUAGGCGUUGAGACUACUCUCUUGUUUCGUACGAAUUACUUUAUACUCUCGUCUUGCUAUUUAAGGACGGUAAUAUUAGUAUUAGUCGUUUUACUUACGGAUACAUUCGUGAGUAUUUGCCGAGAAAAGGCUGUCGUUGCAUUUAUUAUUUCUACAUAUAUUUCGAACGCUAUAGCUGCACACGAUACUUGUAAAGCAAAGCAGAUCCUCUCUUGAACGAAAGUUUCUCGAGAUCAGAGGCGUGCGUGUCCCGCGUCGCAUCAACGAAUCGUACGCGUUUAAAAAAAAGACGCAUUUUCGAUCCGGUGCAACGUUGCACUUGAAUCAGUGUGCUGUUCACGGUUGGAACCCUUACGAGGCAUUCGUGCCCAUUGUACGCUGUAUUGUCUUUGCGUGGGACACGUGCACGUAAUGUGGUAUCGACUAUAGUCCGAAAAAAAUGAACUAGCCGAUCAAAGCCGAUUUUCUCACUGUGAAUCGUAUGGGGAAACUAGAGGCGGUGGGAAUAACCGGACGAUCCGGCGGAAACAGUGUCUUUCGGUAACUCUGAGUGGCCAGUUGAUUUUGUUCCGAAUAUACUUAACUUGCAUGUACAUAGAGAUGUAAUAACUGGAAACCAAAGUGGAUCAAGUGCCACUGCUAAUUGUGAACAGUACUACUUUAGGCCAAUGUCGGACGAGCGUCGAAACGACGGACGUUCGAGACAUCUUACUUUUUUUCAACUGAGAAGAAACAGAGAAAGAUUUACGAACGUUCGUUGUUUCGACGCCCGAUGAUCGUACGGCAAAUAAAACCUUAACCAAAGAGAACAGAAAGAGAAAAGGUAAAGAGAUCGAAGACACAGUACUUGUAUUAAAAUCGUACUGUAUUAACGCUAGCGAUUCGUUUCUUCUCGAGCGUACACACGAAUACAUACACAUAUACAUACACAUAGGUUCUUUCCUUCGUAGUGCGUACAAUAAUUAAUUCUGGCGUUACAUUGCGUACUGUAUAAAGUAGUAUACAUAGCAUAACGUAUUAAUUGUGUAAUUAUCAUCCGGUUCACGCGCGCUAGGGAGCCUCUAAACGCGCGUUAAACGAGAGAUUAAAAAGUGAUUCGUAACGCGUUAUUUCUAUAAGAAGAAACACACGGGCACGUUAAAAUGCUAUACGGUGUAAAAACGAAAAAUAAGAAAAAAUACAUUGUGUCUGUGCUGCCAUUAGAAUAAAACCGAAGAGAAUGAGAAAUUUAAGAAAACAGACGAAGCCAAAGUAUAUAGUUAAUGAAAAACCACCUGGGUUACAUACGCAUACAAACGCAUGUAUACACGCGCGCUCGCGUUCCCAAUACGAUACAAUACAUUCACACAUACCUGACGAUGUAGUUGAUAAGUAAUUUAAUCCCGAGGAAAUUCGUUUCGCGGUACAAGAAUGGUUUUAGGAGCCUUCGUGUUGAAUAAUUAGCAGUCUCGUUCCAUGUAUCGUGUAAUCGAGAGAUCGAGUGACCGUGAUCAGUACGUAUACAUAUAACGCUAAAAUCUUCAAAUGAACAAAAACAAACCGAGUGGCGGUAUGAACCUGUUCACGACGAUUCGUAGUGUGUACUGUAUUCGAAUGUGAUCGAUUUGUUAUACAUAUAUGUCCCUCAUUAUUGUUACGUUGUGCUUCUUAUUAUUGCUAUUUAUUAUUAGUAUUAUUAUUACUUAUUAUUAUUAUUAUUAUUAUUGUCAUCACUAAUGUCAUGUUUAUUAUGAUUCCGAGAACUAUUACCAUCACUUCGAGAAUUAUUCCAAUCAUUCCUACUAAAUACUAUUAUAUUUAGUAUUAUUAUUAUUACACGAGAAAGAUCAACCGCCGAUUUUUUCUAGUCAAAUUUCUCUAGUCCCAAUUAGAGUACUGUCGAUACUCAGUCUCCCCUGUCCCCGAUCUAUUUGAUUUUUGUCAAAUAAUCCCAAGACAAUGACAUGCGUUGCAGGACACAUAGAUCUUGCAUAAUAGAGUGAUGCAUUACCUGUGCAACAAAAUGCAGUAU